ACAUACGGACCAGCGCUGUGUCAUAGUCACCGCGCAAGAUUCCUAUACCAGUCGGGCCACAUUGUUGAAGAAUACUAGAAAAAAAAGGCGUUGUGGUGUUUUUGUGUUGCUGCUGCUGCUGCUCGUCGCGAUCGUUAAGACAAUACCAAGGCAAUGGCUCGGCUUUCGCGAUUCAUUCACGGAUAACAAAAUCGACGAACCUGCCAGGACGUAGCAGCCUCCUUCAGCCAAGCUUGUGCCCUCAACACCCAAGCCGGUGGGGGCGACACCGAAGCCACGCACGCGGUCGCGAGUCGCGACGACACUCGGGCGGCCGGGCGCUGCUGCGGGAAACCGUUGAACACCUCCGCGCCGAAGCGCCGCGAGUCCUCCCGGCGGCGGCCAUGUCCGGUGGCGAAGGCGAGCCGCCGCUGGGGUUCGUGCGGGUCCUCUACGAGUUCUCCUACGAGGACAGCGACGGCGGCCGCGGCCGGGUCACGCCCGGCGAGCGCUACUCGCUGCUGCAGACCAGCACCGCCGAGUGGUGGCUGGUGGGGCCCCUCGGUGGCGGCGGGGCAAUGUUCUACCUGCCGGCCAGGUAUGUGCAGAGGACUGCGGUGGCGGCGGCGGUGGUGGUUGGCCCGAAGCGCGUGGAGGUCGUGCGCAAGCGCGUGCCACCCAUGCCUCCUCCACGGUGCCGGACGAUGUGGAGGAACCACGUGGAGCCGCGCAUCCGUUCGGAGGAGAGCGGAGAUGGAUCGUUCUCUGUGGAGGAGGAGGAGGAGGAGGACGAGGGGUGGCGGUCGAGACUGGACGUCAAUUCCAACGAUCACCACAACCACCACCACAACCACCACCACAACGACCACAACGACCACAAUCACCAGCAGCAGCAGGACCACGACCAACGUCGCCACGACCACCAGAGUGACCAUCACGAUGAUCGUGACCACCACGACCAGCACUACCACCACGACCAGUACCAGCACCAUGACCAGCACCACGAGCAAUACCAGCAUCACGUCCAGUACCAGCCCCACAACUACGACCACGACAACCACCACCGCCAUCACGACCACGACCAGGACCCCCACGACUCUCAAGACCACGUCGACUCGGGCGCCCGCGAGCACGUGGCGCUGACGGCGCUCUACACGAGCGUGUACACGGUGCACGGCCGUGCCCUCUCCACGGUGGCCGGCGAGCGGCUGCUGCUGGUGGAGAGGGCGUCGAGCGACUGGUGGGUCGUGUGCCGGCCGGAGCGGCGGGACGAGGCGUUCUACACGCCCGCGUCCUACGUCGCUCGCGGAGACGCGCCGGGCGUGGCGAUGGUGGCGAGUGAUGGUCACCGCGGAUCAGCCGUCGGCCAGAGCAGCGGCAACAGCAGCAGCAACGCCAACAACGACAGCGGCGUCAUCGGCAGCAGCAGCAACAACAGCGCGGGCAUUGGCGGCUUCCACCACAAUAGCAAUAGCAGCAGCAGCAGCAUGAACAGCAGCAGCGACAGCAGGGGUAUUAUCAGCAUUGACCAUAACAGCAGCAGCAACAGCAAGGGAAUAGGCAGCUACAACAGCAACAGCAGGAUCAGCAACAGCGCGGGCAUUAGCAGGCUUCAACCAUUACAACAUCAGCAUGAACAGCAGCAACGACAUUGGCAGCAUUAACCAUAGCA